CAGACAUUGAUUAAUACUUCAGAAGCGCUUAGCAACAAACGCUUGUUAGCGUUGUACUUCUCAGGGAGCUGGUGUGCCCCCUGCCGUCAGUUCACUCCCGUCCUUGCUGAGCUUUACUCAUAUCUUGCGGAAAAAUUUCCAAGUCACGGUCUUGAGAUUGUUUUCGUCAGCUCUGACCGUGAUUCGAAUGACUUCGAUAACUACAUUCGCUGCAUGCCGUGGCUAGCUAUACCUUGGGAAGGAGUUGCCAGGCAUCAGCUGAAGCUGUCUUCACUGUACGGAGUACGGGGUAUCCCGUCGAUUGUAGUGCUA